AUGGCUGCUGCCUUGGAUGCUUCCGCCCUGUCCGCUGGUGGCUUCGGCGCUUUGUUCUUUGGUGGCAUGAUAAGCUCGAACAACAACCAUGGCCAUGCGAUUGCUUUCAUUGCAUCUGAGGACUGUGGCAUAAAAUCUAGAGCUCAAAGAUUUUUUAGUAGCAUUACCAAUUCAAUUGAGACAGUACUGAAAUGCAAUGUGGAAGUCAAAGUUGGUCCACUAGCAGAAUUGAUGGACGGAGAAAUAACAUUAGAGGCUGGUCCUAAUAUAAGAAGAUACGAGUUUGAUGUCUUGACUCUUGAGUUGCUCAUCAAACAGAGAAGCUUUGAUUAUCCUGAUGAAGUAAAGAAAGAACAGGAGACGUACAAAAAUACUGCAUCUGCUGAUGAAAGGUUGUGUUCGGAAGUUCCCAUCCAGACUUCAAAAGAAUCAACAAAUGAUGAUCAGCGACUGGAAAGUGCAUGGCUUCAGGUUUCUGAAAAGCACACACCAGGUCUGAUGAAUCAGGCAAGCCACAAUCAACAUCAGGUUGUGUCUCAAUUUGUUGGCAACCAAUACCAAAGGAAGUCCUCAAUGUCCCUAGUUGUGCCCUCAAGCCAUGCAGAUGAGGAUCUUGCUCAUGAGAUAGAAGCUCUGAAGAUAGUUGACAGUUAUGGUUCUCAAAAGCACCAGAGUGGAAGAAGUGAAAAUGGCUUUGCCAUUUCACCAAGCAGACUGCACAAAAAGGAUGACAUGGUUGAUUGCGACAAACAGAGUGUGUAA